AUGGUUGGGACCCGGGAUUGGGAUUUGGGGCUGUGGGUCCAGAGGGCUUGGAGUUUACGCUGGGCAGACGCUAGGCCACAGCCACCUUUGAAUUUGCAUGUUUGGGGUGUGUGUGGAUCCAGAAGAUCCUGCUUGCAGACUGGGGAGGGGAGCAGGGAGAGGGUUGGGGGUGUGGGGCACAGCCCGGGACAGAGCCCCAGGGUCCGGGAGGGACCGUGGGGCCUGCUGAACACCCUCCUCUCUCCUCCCCCUUCCUUGCCUCUCUUUGUUCCCCUUCUCUGCCGCACGAACCCAGACAUAAACGAGCUGAACUUGCCCAAGACGUGUGACAUCAGCUUCUCAGACCCGGACGACCUCCUCAACUUCAAGCUGGUUAUCUGUCCUGAUGAGGGCUUCUACAAGAGCGGGAAGUUUGUGUUCAGUUUUAAGGUGGGCCAGGGUUACCCGCACGACCCCCCCAAGGUGAAGUGUGAGACGAUGGUCUAUCAUCCCAACAUCGACCUCGAGGGCAACGUCUGCCUCAACAUCCUCAGAGAGGACUGGAAGCCAGUCCUUACGAUAAACUCCAUAAUUUAUGGCCUGCAGUAUCUCUUCUUGGAGCCCAACCCUGAAGACCCACUGAACAAGGAAGCUGCUGAGGUCCUGCAGAACAACCGGCGACUGUUUGAGCAGAACGUGCAGCGCUCCAUGCGAGGUGGCUACAUCGGCUCCACCUACUUUGAGCGCUGCCUGAAAUAGGGUCGGCGCACACCCACCCCUGCCAGGGCCACAGCCCCGGCGUCCCCUACAAAUAUUUAUUGGGGGCCACAGGUGGAGGGAUUGGGGCAGCAGGCGGGGUCAUUCCAUGCCCUAGCCUUGCCUCCCCUUCCUGCCACCGGCUCCUAGUUAUUUUUUUUUUAACCACCAUGUGAUUAAGGUCGGCGCUGCCUCCUCCCGACCCGCUCAGCGAUGGGAAAUGAAUUGGCUUGUCUAGCCCCCCGCUGGGUGCCCCGCUGGGUGCCGCACAGCCUCCCACUCUGGGCUCUGGGGUGGGUGGCCAAGGGGACUGGGUGGCUGGGGCCCCGCCACCACUGGAGGUCCCGCCAGGCUAUUAAAGGGGAAUGUUACUGCA